AUUGGUGAUGGCUCUUCUUCUUCAGGAAGUGGUGGAUCAACUACUGGUUCUACUGGUUCUUCUUCAAGAGGAGAUGGUGGUGAUGGUUCUUCUUCAUCUGGAACUGGUUCUGCUGGUUCUUCUUCACCAGGAAAUGGUGGUGAUGUUUCUUCUUCACCUGGGACAGGUUCUGCUGGUUCCUCUUCAUCAGGAAUUAUUGGUGUUGGUUCUUCUUCUUCAGGAAGUGGUGGAUCAACUACUGGUUCUGCUGGUUCUUCUUCAACUGGAUCCAUUGGUGAUGGCUCUUCUUCUUCAGGAAGUGGUGGAUCAACUACUGGUUCUGCUGGUUCUUCUUCACCAGGAGAUGGUGGUGAUGGUUCUUCUUCUUCAGGAAGUGGUGGAUCAACUACUGGUUCUGCUGGUUCUUCUUCAACUGGAUCCAUUGGUGAUGGCUCUUCUUCUUCAGGAAGUGGUGGAUCAACUACUGGUUCUGCUGGUUCUUCUUCACCAGGAAAUGGUGGUGAUUGUUCUUCUUCAUCUGGGACUGGUUCUGCUGGUUCUUCUUCAUCAGGAAUUAUUGGUGUUGGUUCUUCCUCUUCAGGAAGUGGUGAAUCAACUACUGAUUCUGCUGGUUCUUCUUCACCAGGAGAUGGUGGUGAUGGUUCUUCUUCAUCUGGAACUGGUUCUGCUGGUUCUUCUUCACCAGGAAAUGGUGGUGAUGGUUCUUCUUCACCUGGGACAGGUUCUACUGGUUCCUCUUCAUCAGGAAUUAUUGGUGUUGGUUCUUCUUCUUCAGGAAGUGGUGGAUCAACUACUGGUUCUGCUGGUUCUUCUUCAACUGGAUCCAUUGGUGAUGGUUCUUCUUCUUCGGGAAGUGGUGGAUCAACUACUGGUUCUGCUGGUUCUUCUUCACCAGGAAAUGGUGGUGAUUGUUCUUCUUCAUCUGGGACUGGUUCUGCUGGUUCUUCUUCAUCAGGAAUUAUUGGUGUUGGUUCUUCCUCUUCAGGAAGUGGUGGAUCAACUACUGAUUCUGCUGGUUCUUCUUCACCAGGAGAUGAUGGUGAUGGUUCUUCUUCAUCUGGAACUGGUUCUGCUGGUUCUUCUUCACCAGGAAAUGGUGGUGAUGGUUCUUCUUCGACUGGAUAUGUUGGUGAUGGUUCCUCUUCAUCUGGGACUGGUUCUGCUGGUUCUUCUUCAACGGGAUAUGUGGGUGAUGAUUCUUCUUCAUCUUGGACUGGUUCUGCUGGUUCUUCUUCACCAGGAGAUGGUGGUGAUGGUUCUUCUUCAUCUGGGACUGGUUCUGCUGGUUCUUCUUCAUCAGGAAUUGUUGGUGUUGGUUCCUCCUCUUCAGGAAGUGGUGGAUCAACUACUGAUUCUACUGGUUCUUCUUCACCAGGAGAUGGUGGUGAUUGUUCUUCUUCAUCUAGGACUGGUUCUGCAGGUUCUUCUUCAACGGGAUAUGUGGGUGAUGAUUCUUCUUCAUCUGGAACUGGUUCUGCUGGUUCUUCUUCACCAGGAGAUGGUGAUGAUGGUUCUUCUUCAUCUGGGACAGGUUCUGCUGUUUCCUCUUCAUCAGGAAUUAUUGGUGUUGGUUCUUCUUCUUCAGGAAGUGGUGGAUCAACUACUGGUUCUGCUGGUUCUUCUUCAACUGGAUCCAUUGGUGAUGGCUCUUCUUCUUCAGGAAGUGGUGGAUCAACUACUGGUUCUGCUGGUUCUUCUUCACCAGGAAAUGGUGGUGAUGGUUCCUCUUCAUCUGGGACUGGUUCUGCUGGUUCUUCUUCAUCAGGAAUUAUUGGUGUUGGUUCUUCCUCUUCAGGAAGUGGUGGAUCAACUACUGAUUCUGCUGGUUCUUCUUCACCAGGAGAUGGUGGUGAUGGUUCUUCUUCAUCUGGAACUGGUUCUGCUGGUUCUUCUUCACCAGGAAAUGGUGGUGAUGGUUCUUCUUCACCUGGGACAGGUUCUGCUGGUUCCUCUUCAUCAGGAAUUAUUGGUGUUGGUUCUUCUUCUUCAGGAACUGGUGGAUCAACUACUAGUUCUGCUGUUUCUUCUUCAACUGGAUCUAUUGGUGAUGGCUCUUCUGCUUCAGGAAGUGGU